GUUCGUCCAAACGAACGCACAACAACACCGCUGCAACCCCUAACCAGCAUCAUCAUGCUUCGAACACUUACAGCUGCAGUGGCACCUGUGCGCAGGGCGGUGCUGCAGCAGCAACGACCAGGCGCAGGAGUAGCAGCAGCAGCGGCAAGAGCUAUGUCGACCGAAAAGCAGAUCACGGUGCCCUUUACGAAGGACAUCGACACGCACAACCUGCCCGUAUCGUUGCCGACGGAAGCCACUACGAACCGUGAGGAACUCAUGUCGUACUUCAAGCUCAUGUACACCAUGCGCCGCAUGGAGAUCACGUGCGACACCGAGUACAAGGCACGAACCAUCCGAGGGUUCUGCCACUUGUAUGACGGCCAGGAGGCCGUGGCGACAGGCAUUGAGGCGGCCACGAAUCACCAGGACUCUUGGAUCACCUCGUACCGAUGCCACUGCACGGCGCUGGCGCGGGGGGGCACGGUGGAGUCGGUCUUCGCCGAGCUGUUCGGGUUCAAGGAGGGCGUGUCCCGCGGGAAGGGGGGAUCGAUGCACAUGUACAACAAGGAGCACAGCUUCUUCGGGGGACAGGGUAUCGUGGGCGCGCAAGUGCCGGUGGGUACCGGGCUUGCGUUUGCAAGCAAGUACUCGGCGCCGGCGGGGGAGGACACGCCCGUGGCCUUGGCCAUGUACGGGGAUGGAGCGGCCAACCAGGGGCAGAUCUGGGAGGCAGCCAACAUGGCUUCGUUGUGGAAGCUGCCGAUGAUCUACUGCAUCGAGAACAACCAGUACGGCAUGGGGACCUCGAAGGAGAGGUCAUCGUCGAACUCCACCUACUACACCAUGGGCAACCACAUCCCCGGCUUCAAGCUGGACGGCAUGAACGUGCUCAUGAUCAGAGAGGGGUUCGCGUUCGCCAAGGACUGGUGCUCCAAGGGUAACGGCCCAAUCUACAUUGAGGUCGACACUUACCGGUACCACGGGCACUCCAUGUCCGACCCCGGGACGACCUACCGUAACCGCGACGAGAUCGCGUCCAUGCGCACGGCCCGUGACCCCAUCGAAUUCGUCAAGAACCUGCUCGUGGACAACGGCCUCGCGGAAGCGCAGGAGCUCAAGGACAUCGAGAAGGACAUCCGGAAGGAGGUCCAGGAGGCGCUGAAGAAGGCGAAGGGGGGCACGCAGCCCCCGGACGAGGAGCUGUACAGCAACAUCUGGGUGGCGGGGGAGAAGUACGAGACGCCCGUGACGCCUGCGUACAUCCGCAUGCCCGACCGCUCCAAGAGCGUCGGGAACAUCAUGAGCGACGUUGUGGUCUAAAUUGCGCUCUCGUCCUAAAUAGGUCUUUACCGAAGUUUUGUAGGUGGCAGCACCGUUGGAGAAGGUUGUGGAAUAGGUUCCAUCCCAUCGAAUGUAAAACCGCAGUGCCUGUCAUUCCCAAGCGUUUGGUUGGCAGAUUGUGUGGGGUUGCACGUGUAAAAGAAUGUCCAUCCUCCAGAGAAACCGCGACCCGGCUACGACCUAAGCAUAAGUUCCGUGCACAAGAGUUUGUGCAGCGGCUUUGGAUACGCUCCUGGUCUGACCGCACAUGUGCUUAGGACGGCGAGAGGGGAUAGUUGUCGUAUGAUGGUACAUUCCUUGGUUGUCUAUCGGUCAUUGUUUGGGUCGUGGUUGUAUGUGUGUCGGCGUCGGUCCCACGAGGUAGUAUAUUUGUAGUGCUCGACGAAAGCGAGCACACCAUGAAGUGUUGUGCUCUCCUUCAGCAUCGAGCAAAUGUUGCUUCUUUAUGUUUAGGCUGCUGUUGCAUCCACGAAAGUGUUAUUUUCCCCGCGCCACCACCCUCUGGUCCGGUGAGAACC